AUGAAAGACGAUUUUGAUUCGCUACGUCCUCUAUGUUACCCGAACACAGAUGUCUUCCUGCUUUGUUUCAGUGUGGUCUGUCCUUCGUCCUUCCACAACAUUCUUGACAAAUGGUUACCAGAGGUGCGGCAACAUUCACCUAAAACACCAAUCAUCUUAAUUGGUACUCAAUGCGAUCUCAGGAACGAUGUGAAAAUCCUCAUUGAACUGGCUCGCUACAAAGAGGCCCCAAUUGCGGAAGCCGAUGCCCAGCGCCUCGCCUGCCAAAUUGGGGCCUAUUCGUAUAUUGAGUGCUCGGCACUGACGCAAAAGAACCUGAAAGAAGUCUUUGACAGUGCCAUCAUUUCAGCUUUGAACCUUGGUAAACCUACGCUACCCAGUGUGCCUUCGGGCAAAUCGAAAUUGAAAAAGAUCAAUCCAGACGUACCACCCCAUAAAAGGAAAAAGGGUUGGAAAAAGUUCUUCUGUGUGUUUUAGAAUGUCAAAGACACUUUUGAGUAAAGGAGAAAGAGAGUGCGGGAGAGAGAGUGAGUGAGAGAGAGAGAAAGAGAGAGAGAGAAAGAGAGAGAGAGAGAGGGACAGAGAAUGAAAGAAAGAAAGAUAGAAAGGAAGAAAGAAAGAAAGACUGGAUAUGAUUUUUCUUAUUACUUUUUUUCUUUUCUUCCUUUGUUGGGGAGGCUGGAGUUACAACAGACGAAAAUGCUGCUCUGUUUGUACCAGAUAUGAGAAAAUGGUCAAGAACCCAAUUUUUUUGUUCUUCCCCAGUUUAAUGGAACAUAUAUAUAUAUAUAUACAUAUAUAUACAUAUAUACAAUGCCAUGUACACAUGUGAAUACAAAAGGAACGCGAUGUGUUCCGCGGGUAAAAUGGAGACUAUCCUGUUUGUACGGUUUAAAAGUAUGAGCAACGACGAACGAAAUAUAUUGUUACAAUGUAAAUAAAAUGUAUGAUAUCUUGUUUAAAAUUGAAUAUAAAAGAAAAACGAAGCGUGUUCUGGAGGUAAAAAAAAAUAACGGACUAGGUCCUGUUUGUUCUUCUCAGUUUAAUGAUGGAGAUGUAUUUUGGGGGAGGAAAACAGAAAAACAAAACAAAAGGAAACGGUACGAAAUAUUGUUGGAUUUUA